UGAAAAUUAAAAUAAUUUUUUGAAACUUAACAUGUCAGCCCACCCUCCCAGCUCCUACUACAACAAAUACACCAUCAACUACCCUCUCCUACACGAAGAAACCCCCAACGACCUUCUCUUCACCACUAGCAUCUCCGGAUCCGUCCCUGACCCUCCAUUUCUCCCUGACUGCCACAAAGAACCCUUCAAAGCCAUCCGCAUAAAUAAACUUGACCUAAAAUAACAUAAAUAUACCUAAAGGACUCAAAAUCGCCAAGCCAAACCCCUCUUUUCAAGAAGAACAGAGGCCUUAUAAGUCAGAACAAAGGAAGAAGCCUCAGUUUGAUGUCAAGGGACAGAAGAAAAAGGUCAUGGACAUAUUUUAUAAGACUGUUUUGGACACACAGAGCAAAGAGAAGGAAGUGUCCUUACAGCCUAAGAGGAACAAGAGGGAAAUAGGCGUUUGAAAAUUUAAGAGGAAGGUUAAGAAUAUUAAGGUUCUUUCUAGUUUUAAUCAUCAAAAUAAGUAUAAGAUUGCAAGAAAAUUGAAUAAAAAUAAGGAUAUUACUGUCAAUGAGGCUGUCAAGGCUAUUACACUCAGUAAAUCCUCAGGCAUGAAAUAUAACAAGGUCAGAGACUUCUUACAAAAAUAAAACUAUUCAUGAACUUUAUUCAAUCCAAGGGAAACCACCUCAAGAAGUAUCUGCUGAUACUCAAGUAUUGAUAAGUCACACAAAUCAAGAUUUGGAAGAGUAUAAUAUUGAAAAAGUAAAACUGGAUCAGACCCAAGAAACAGAAUUUGAUAAAGAUCCUAUAUAUCCUGCAGCAGGGGAUAUUGAUUCUCCUUCAAUUGAUGAAAAUCAAAACUAAA